AUCCGCAAACAGUGGUACCAGCUUCUAGUCUCAAUGUGAGGUUUGACUCCAGGACGAUGAAUUUAAGUUGGGACUGCCAAGAAAACACAACCUUCAGCAGGUGUUUCUUAAUUGACAAGAAGAACAGAGUCGUGGAACCCAGGCUCGGUAACAACGAAUGUUCGUGCACAUUUCGUGAAAUUUGUCUACAUGAAGGAGUCACAUUUGAGGUUCACGUGAAUACCAGUCAAAGAGAAUUUCAGCAAAAACUGCUUUAUCCAAACUCAGAAAGGGAGGGUACCGCUGCUCACAAUUUCUCCUGUUUCAUCUACAAUGUGGAUUUCAUGAACUGUACCUGGGCGAGGGGUUCGACGGCCCUCCAUGACGUCCAGUAUUUUUUGUACAUACAAAACUCAAAGAGAAAGAGGGAGAUCCAGUGUCCUUAUUACAUACAAGAUUCGGGAACCCAUAUGGGAUGUCACCUGGAUAACCUGUCAGGAUUAACGUCUCGCAAUUACUUUCUGGUUAAUGGAACCAGCCGAGAAAUUGGCAUCCAAUUCUUCGAUUCACUUUUGGACACAAAGAAAAUAGAACGAUUCAACCCUCCCGGCAAUGUCACUGUACGUUGCAACAGGACGCACUGCCUUGUACGGUGGAAACAGCCCAGGACCUAUCAGAAGCUGUCGUACCUGGACUUUCAGUACCAGCUGGACGUCCACAGAAAGAAUACACAGCCUGGCACUGAAAACAUACUGAUUAAUGUUUCUGGUGAUUUGGAAAAUAGAUACAACUUUCCAAGCUCUGAGCCCAGAGCGAAACAUAGUGUGAAGAUCAGAGCUGCAGACGUCCGCAUCCUGAAUUGGAGUUCCUGGAGUGAAGCCACUGAAUUUGGCUCUGACCGCAGAAACCUCAGCUCUGUGUGCAUUUACAUGCUCCUGAUCAUGGGAACCCUUGUCUGUGGCCUCAUCCUUGGCUUCCUCUUUAAAAGGUUCCUUAGGAUACAGCAACUGUUCCCACCAGUUCCACAGAUCAAAGACAAACUGAAUGAUAACCAUGAGGUGGAAGACGAGGUCAUCUGGGAGGAAUUCACCCCAGAGGAAGGGAAAGACUACCGCGAAGAGGUCUUGGCGGUGAAGGAAAUUACCUGAGACCCAGAGGGUGUAGGAAUGGCGUGGACAUCUCCGCCUCCGCGACACUGGGGAACUGUUUUCUUGCUGAUGAUGCCGUGAGCCUUUAUAUCAUUUUCCAUGUUUUUAUUUAAAAACAUGAUAUUUGGGGCCAGGCGCGGUGGCUCACGCCUGUAAUCCCAGCACUUUGGGAGGCCAAGGUGGGCAGAUCACCUGAGGUCAGGAGUUCACGACCAGCCUGCCCAACAUGGUGAAACCCCAUCUGGACUAAAAAUGCAGAAAUUUACCCAGACGCGGUGGUGGACGCCCAUCAUCCCAGCUACUCGUGAGGCUGAGGCAGGAGAAUUGCUCGAACCCGUGAGGCGGAGGUUGCAGCGAGCCGAGAUUGCGCCAUUGCACACCAACCUAGGUGACAGAGCAAGAUUGCAUCUCAAAACAAAUAAUAAUAAUAAAUAAUAAAAACCUGAUAUUUGGCUGGGCA